GGCAGGCCCAUGUCGGAGGGACCUGCUCGGCCCCGCAGGAUGUCCCAGCCGCCCUCCAUCACCCUCCACGUCCCCGAGGGCACCGAGAGCGAUGGCCAGGAGCCGAGUCCGGACAACGAGAGAGCCCUGCACACCUCCUUCCACCAGCUUAUCCUGGAGCAGAGCAGCUUGAUCGAGGCAGGUCUGGAGCUGGAGAUGAAGGAGAGGGACAGAGAGUCCCCGGCCUGCCUGGCUCCCCCAGACGCCUGGCCAGAGCCAGGGCAGGGUGAGCAGUACCCUGGCUACUGCUCCGCCUCCCUGCAGAUCCUGGCCAGCAUGCCCAGCCGCACCAUCGGACGCAGCCUCGGGGCCAUCAUCUCCCAGUACUGCAACCGUACGGCCCGGCUGCGGCGCCGGAGCAGCCGCCCGCCCCUGCAGCAGCUGAGCCGUGCGGCGCGGCCCAGCCUGCGGCACUACGACCUGGACACUGACCCCGUCAGGGCCACGCUGGAAGACAAGUGGAGCCUGCUGGUGAAGGAGCUGCUGAGCCUCUCGCCCUACCAGCGCAGCCAGAUGCUGCUCACUUUGCCCAUCAGCCUGGCAGAGAAACGCACCCUCCGGCGGCAGGUGAACAGGCAGAGGGGCCUCCUGAGGCAGCGUGCCCAGCACUGGGCCCCCUCUUCGCCCUGUGGAUGGUCCAUCGUCUACAUCGGCCUCGGCUGCCGAGGUCUCUGGUACAGGCUCCUCUCCCUGCUCCGCACCGCGCAGCCCUGGCACUACACCUUGAAGCAAAUCAGUGGCCGCUUUGGCUCCAGCGUCCUCUCCUACUUCCUCUUCCUCAAGACGCUCCUUAUGUUCAACUUCUUCUCAUUUCUCAUCCUCCUGGCCUUCGUGGUGGCCCUGCAGGCUGUGUACCCCCCUACCUCGGCCAGCCCCCCCCCCUUCACCGGCCUGGCUCUCACAGGACCCGGCUACUUCACACACUCACUGCUGUACUAUGGCUACUACAGCAACAUCACCCUCAAUGACCCCUGCACCCCUGGCUCCAAGGGCAGCGCGUGCCCCCCUGCAGCCCCCCUGUUCCCAUACAACAUGCCACUGGCCUACCUGUUCAGCGUUGGGGUCUCCUUCCUCAUCACCUGCAUCCUGCUGGUGUACUGCGUGUCCUGCUCUUUUCGGGAGAGCGUGGGAAGCUCCAUGGGGGACCUGGCUGUCAAAGUCUUCUGCGCCUGGGACUUCAAGGUGAUCCAGAGGCGCUCAGUGAAGCUGCAGUGUGAGAACUUCUGCACCCAGCUGAAGGAGCUGCUGGCAGAGCAGCGCUCCCGCUCCCACUCCCAGAGCCUCUGCCAGCGCCUGAGGCACUGCAUCGUGGUACUCCUGGCCUGGACCCUGGCACUGGGCUCGGUGCUGGGCUGCACACUGGCUGUUGCCCACAUACCUGCUCACCAGGUUCAGCAAGAGCAGCGAGCAUGGGGCAGUGGCAGGUGGCAGCAGGAAGCCAUCCUGCUGGUCCUGCCCCUCGUGGUAUCUCUCCUCAAUGCACUGAUGCCCCACCUGUACAACUUGCUGGCGAUGUGGGAGAAGCAGGACUCCCCUGUGACACAGGUCUACGUGGCCAUCUGCAGGAACCUCAUUCUGAAGAUGGUGGUCCUCAGCCUGCUGUGUUUCCAGUGGCUCAGCCGGAGUGUUGUCUGCUCAACAGAGGAGUGCUGGGAGACAUGUGUGGGGCAGGACCUUUAUCGCUUUGUGGUGAUGGAUUUCAUAUUCACCUUGCUGGACACGCUCUUUGGGGAGCUGGUGUGGAGGCUGAUCCUGGAGAAGAGGCUGAGGCAGAGGCCCGAGUUUGACAUUGCCCGAAAUGUGCUGGAGCUGAUCUACGGGCAGACCCUGACCUGGCUGGGCAUUCUCUUCGCUCCACUCCUGCCGGCCGUGCAGAUGCUGAAGCUGCUGCUGCUGUUCUAUAUCAAAAAGACCAGCCUGAUGCGGAACUGCCAGUCCCCCAGCAAGCCCUGGCAAGCGUCGCAUAUGAGCACCAUUUUCAUCACCCUGCUGUGCUUCCCCUUCUUCCUGGGUGCAACCAUCUUCCUCUCCUACACCAUCUGGUCGGUGCAGCCAUCAGAAACGUGUGGACCCUUCCGGGGGCUAGAAACCAUCUACAAAUCAGGGAAGAGCUGGGUGCUAGUGCUGCAGAAGUCCAACCCCAACAUCACUUGGUUCGCCUGGGUCCACCAGCACCUGGUGGAGAACACCUUCCUCCUGUUCUUCAUGUCUGGGGCCCUCCUAGCUGUGAUCUACUUCUACAUCCAAGUGGUGAGAGGCCAGCAGAGGGUCAUCUGCCUGCUCAGGGAGCAGAUCGCCAAGGAGGGGGAAGAUAAGAUAUUUCUCAUGCAGAAGCUUCACUCCGUUUAUGAGCAGCGAGAGAGACGUGCCUGAGGCCCAGCACACUGACCCCAUGGAGAAUGGCCCUGGGCUGUUUUCAGAAUCCUUUGGAGACAGCAGAGCUUUCUGGAUGGAGAAACCUGCAGCCCAUUUCACGUUGUCCAGGGGCAGCAAGGAUGGAACUGGGAGCUGCCAGGCACUGACAGGGCUGACCCAGCUCCAGCCCUGUGCCUGGCUCGCCAGGAGAGCAGCUGUCUGAUCCCAGUCCUACGAAAAAGGCCUCUGGGCCACCCCAGCAGCCCUACACACACUGCACCAGCUGGCAAGACGGACUCAGAAGAACCACUGUGGUGCUGGGCUGAGCAGGGACCCCGUGGGCUCAGGCUGACCUGGCCCAUUAAAGUGCUGCUGCACAGGA